ACCUCAAAAUUAAUCAUAUGAACUGAAAAAAGUCACACUUGAUCUUCUUCAAUGGCAAUUUCAACUUCUUCAGGCAUUUCACCUGCAAAUUUCUUUACCCCACUUCAUAAUUCAACUAAAUUCAGCAAAUUCAAACCUUUCCCAAGCUUCAUAUCUCCUCCAUGGAGGCAUUCCAAGUUCAUCAUAGUUAAUUUCUCUCCUUAUCCUUCCCCUGUUUUAGAAGAACAACCUCCCCCUGUUCCUUCCCCUGUUGAAUUCAUCUAUGGAGCUCCGACUUCGGAAUUCCAAACUCCGAAAAACAAGGAUCGGAAUAUCAAUAAAUUCAUUAGAGAGUUGUUGAAGGAUUCAAACACAGAAGACAUUGGAUUGGAGUAUUAUGAAAAGGCGAAAUCGAGUCCGAUAUUUCAACCUCAGAAACCAACUCUCAAGUCUGUGUUGAGGUAUUUGGUAAAAUCUAAGAAAUGGGAUUUAAUUUCUGUGGUUUCUAGAGAUAUAAAGAUGUACCAAGUUUUGCCUGAUAAAGUGUUUUGUGCUAGUAUUACCAGUACUUGCAUUAAAGAGAGGAAGUUUAAAGUUGCUGAUAUGCUCUUAGAAAGCUUUGAAAUUGAUAAGAAAGUUGCUGCAUUUGCUUAUGAAUCUGCAUUGAGAGCCUAUAACAAGCUUCAUAUGUAUAGCAUAACAAUUCAGUUGUAUGAAAGAAUGAAAUCAGGUGGGCUUGUUUUGGAUCCUGGUGGGUAUGUUUUGAUCAUGGAAGCUUAUAAGAAAGUGGGUAAUUUUCUGAAAGUUGAGGAGAUUUUUAGUGAAUUAGAAUCUAGUAAAAAGCUAGAAAAAACUGAAAAUUCAUCUAAGAUUUAUGGAGUUUGGCUAGAGGCUUUAGGGAAAUCGGGUCAGUAUGCCAAAGCUUUGGAGAAAUUCGCGCUAAUGGACGAAAAGGGUAUUCCUCUGAAUGAGUCGAUUUACAGUCAGUUGAUCGGAUCGUUGGCUGAGAAGAAAGAAAUCAAUGUCGUUGAACAACUUGUUGAAGAUGCAGAGUCUAAGCAGAUGCUGAAGGAUCCUGCAUUAUUCAUGAAGUUGGUGAUCAUGUAUGUUGAAAAAGGCUUGUUAGAAAAGACUCUGGAUGUUGCAAGGAAAAUGAAAGCGGCUAACUUAAAGAUUUCUGAUUGUGUUUUUUGUGCAAUUGUUAAUGGUUAUGUCAAGAAAAGGGACCUAAAAGCCGCAGCAAGAGUUUAUGAAGAACUUGUUUCAGAUGGGUGUGAGCCGGGGCAAGUGACCUAUGCAUCAAUAAUCAACGUUUAUUUCCACCUUAAAUUGUUUUCCCGGGCUCAGAAGGUCUUCAAUGAGAUGCAAGAAAACGGGUUUGACAGAUGCGUGGUGGCUUACUCAACGAUGAUAGUGAUGUAUGGCAAGUCUGGGCAAUUGAGAGAGGCGAUGAAGCUCUUAGCACAGAUGAAGGAGAAAGGCUGUGAGCCUAAUGUCUGGGUAUACAACUCGCUUAUCGAUUUACAUGGGAGGGCGAAGAAUUUGAGGCAAGUUGAGAAGAUAUGGAAGGAAAUGAAGAGGAGAAAGGUAAAGCCUGAUAGAGUGAGCUACACUAGCAUCAUAGGAGCUUACUCAAGAUCGGGAGAGCUUGAGACAUGCGUAGAGUUGUACGAUGAUUAUCGGAGGAAUGGAGGGGCAAUUGAUCUAGCUUUAGCUGGGAUUAUGGUGGGUGUGUUUUCGAAGACUAAUAGGAUCAAUGAGCUAAUUAAGCUACUGCAGGAUAUGAAGGCAGGGGGGAUUAGAUUGGAUACAAGACUCUAUAAAUCAGCUUUAAAUGCAUUCAGAGAUGCUGGGUUACAAAUGCAAGCAAGAUGGUUGUAUGAGAGUUUUGGGAUGGUUUCUGUUAAUCAUCAGAUUUCAAAUAAUGGUAGGAUGAGAAGGAGGCCUGUUCUGUUCUAAGCAUAAAGCAUACAAGAGAAACAAAAUGUAAGUAAGCUAAGCUGAAAGAUGCACAGAUAUAUUGGUCAGUUGGUUUUGUACAUAUUUAUGUGGUUGUAUAAUUAUGUUGAUUCUUAAUGCCUACUCGGCUAUUCCAACUAGUAUAUCAGUAUAGCACACAAUUUUAUGGGCAUUUUUUGGUUGAAUAAGAAAUCAGUCAUUCAUAAAA